GGACGGAUCAUGAUUUCGUCGUUUAUUCAUCAUACACACAGUUAACUGAUUAGGGCGGCUGUUCGGUGGUAACGCCGCGAGCGUUCUUUCUUGUUGCAGAACGAUACCUGACUCGCAUUUUGCCGGCCACAUGUCAUUUUUUAUAAGAGGCUAUGUGUGUGCGCCUGUGUCAUCACGUGUCUAGUCAAGUACAUCGGUUUGCUGCUUUUUUCUUCAAUUUAUUUUUAAGUUUUAACAAAUGGAUCUCGAAAGUCUUUUGAAGAUUAGAAGACCUGCUAGAUUUCUAACCGGAACAAAUGAUUAAAUGCGAGCGGCGCAGACCGUUCUCAGUUUUAGCGUUUUUAAAUUAAAAGAAUGCGUUUUUAUUACGAAUUACAAAAACUUUCGGCGACUGUACAUUUAUUUCGUUCCCUUUUUGUUUCUCUUUUUAAUCAGCGAUCAUCCGAAUAUGAUGAAGUAAAAGAACAUGUUGUAAACAUUGCCGACCAAGCUACAUGCAAUCCGGCGGUUAAUUCGUUCCAUUACCGAUUUUGCAUAGACUUUAAUGAUAUAUGUCAUAUCGCUUCAGGCUCUCCAGUUGUAUGUGAUGGCGAAAUGGAUGAGUUAAUUGAAAAAUUAAAAGCGACCACAGUUAGCCCGAACUGUUCGUCGGAUAAUACGACGUCUAUUUUAAGUGAAAUAUCAGCGACAAAAGAUCCAAAAUUAUUUGACAAACAUGAAUUGGCCGAUUUUUUUUUAUCCCUAACACAAUCGGAAGAUACGAAUAUACGAAAGGAGGCGGCCAAGUGUAUAGCGGAGAUCACUAAAUCGGAAGUGCAACGAAAGAAAUUUACUAAACCGGAAGUUAUAAAAAUUUUUCUCGAUUAUCUGCGUAACUUGAACGGAGAAACUGAUAAUAUGGAACUUCCGAUACAGAUAUGCAGAGCACUGGGCAACAUUUGCUAUUUGAACGAUGAGGCUCGUGAUAUUAUACUCGAUAUGAAAGGUGAUUUAGUAUUGAUAAGACUAUUGGAUAUUACUGUUAUCGAGGAUAAAGUGCAUGGCUUGCAAUUUAUAAAAGUAAGAGGUGGCCUAUUAUCCAAUUAUUUAUUGGGCGGUGAAGGUUUGGCGAAAAGAGCAAUGGACUUGGAAAUUAUGCAAAAAAUACAAAAUAUUAUCGCGAUUGGCGUAACAAAUGUGGAGGAAAAUGAAGAUCUAUUAUUAAACACUUUGCCUUUGAUGAGCAUUUUAACGGAAAAUGUGGCCGAAUUGAAUUUUGAAGCUGAGCUGAACGUGCAAUUGUCACGCAUUUUAGCCGCGUCAACCAAUCCCGAUUUAGCGGAAAUGUGCCUUGAACUUUUACAUUAUCAGGCCGAGAGUGAUGAAGUGAAAUUACUAUUGGCCAAGGAUGGUCUUUGCGAAACGAUUUAUCAGCUUUUGGAGAAAUACAAGACUCUGGCAAGCACGAAUGAGGCGAGAGCCUUAAUGAAGCUGGCCUGCGAGCUAAUCGUUUUAAUCCUUACUGGCGAUGAAUCCAUGCAUUAUUUGUACACCACCUCUUUAUUAAAGAAUAUGGAAGACUGGCUAGACUCGAGCGAUAUAGAUCUCUUGACCACCGGAGUACUAGCUUUGGGUAAUUUUGCCCGCACGGAUAGUCAUUGCAUUUAUAUGGUGGAGAAUAAAACCAUGAACAAAUUGUUAGAAGUGUUGGCCAAAAAUAACGGUGUAAAGGAUGACGUGCGUUUGCAGCACGCUCUCCUAAGCACGUUACGAAAUUUGGUUAUUCCCAAACCUAAUAAAUGUGCCGUUAUACAAGCUGGUCUUGUAGAGACAAUACUGCCUAUGCUGGAAAUUCAUCAACCGCCGGUAGUUUUCAAACUUUUAGGCACUUUACGCAUGACUGUUGAUGGACAAGAAAAGCUCGCUUUAGAACUGUUAAAAAAUAAAACCCUAAUAGAACAGUUAGUGCAUUGGAGCAAGUCGUCAGACUAUGCCGGAGUUACCGGAGAAUCUUUGCGUUUAAUGGCUUGGCUUAUAAAGCAUGCGUAUCUUAACAAGAUCGCGUACGCUUUGCCGCGCAAAGGCGACGCUCCAGCUGAACAAUUAGUGGAUAAAAUACCUUCUAUGGAUUACGAUCGUAGCAGUCUUAUAGAAUUUAUAAAUAACGAAUGCACGAUCGAAGCAAUGAUUAAUAUGUUAACCUCUCAGCAUUUAGUUAUGCAAAAUGAAGCCUUGAUAGCUUUAUGCAUACUUUGCGUAGUAUUCCUGGGUAAAUCGUCCUCCUCCUCAUCCCCCUCCUCCGCCAGCUCCUCGUCCGCCGCAACGGAUGGUGACACAGCUAUUAAGCUGCAGGAUGCUUUCAUUAAAUUUGAAGUGGGCAAUAAAUUAGCAGAGUUAAUAAAUAAAUCUUCGGAUACUAUGACAAAAGAAAUUGUUGAAAAUUUACAAAAUUUUACGAAUCUUUUGCGUAACUCAGACAAAUUGGUCGCUCACUUGGAGGAGAAUAACAUCAACGAGUUGUUAAAGUCUAUACCAAUAUUAACCGAAUAUUGUACUCUCUAAAACGAGCAUAAUAAUAGCAAGGCACCGUAGUCUUCGGCGUUAGGAAAACUUGAAAAAGAAAAAAAACUUCGCACACCGCUUACACUGGAAAAUACUUGUAUAAGUGUGCGCGCGUAUAUUUAUAUUCGAAAAUCGGUUGAAGAAAAUUGUUAAAGGAUCGACGAAAACCAGUUUUUUGACAAUGAAUUUUUUUUUUAUUUUUUUUUUUCAUUUUUUUUUUACGACAUCUUUAUUAAUAAAUAUAUAAAUAUAGUGAGGCAUUUAUAUAUAUUUAAGACAUGUCAAGCAUUUGCAUUUUCAACGCUAUUCUCCUACUAGCACUUGAGUACCAUUUACAUUAUUAUGAUCUUUAAGCAAUGAUCGCAAGCAUUUUAGAAACAAUUUCUAGCACUUAACAGUAGAAAGGCUUAGCAGCAAUCAUACAACAGACAAACGAUAAUCCGUAUAAUACAAAACUUUCGUUAAUCUUUAUAUGUAUUUUUUAAGCGAUUCUCAUCCGAUUAUUAUUUAUUCUCUGACUUGAAUUGAAGAAAAUUAAG